CCCCCCGGCCGGCCAAUGGGUGGGCGAGCUUCCCGUGACGUGCCGCUCCGCGCGAAGGCCCCGCCCCCUCGCCGGGUGCGCGUGACACCUCGCCGGCCGGUGGGUUUCUGUUUCGCUCGGCCCGGGCCGCCCCGCGGCCGCCAUCAUGGAGCCGCAGCCCGACAGCCUGGAGGGGUGGGUGGCCGUGCGCGACACCGCCUUCGCCGAGCCUCGCCCGCUGCGGCUCCGCUUCCUCGUGGCCUGGAACGGCGUGGAGGGCGCCUUCGCCGUCACCUGCCACGGCCGGGCGGAGGAUGCGGCGGAGGCCCCGCAGAGCUGGGCCGGCCUCUUCUCGGCACCGGCCCUGCGCGGCGUCCACCGGCAGCUGGCGGCCGUCUGCCCGCGCCUGGAGCCCGCCUUCCCCGCCGUGCCGCCCACGCUGCCCGGCGCCACCGCCGGCGGGCUCUGGGCCGUGCUGUUCCCCGGCGGGGCGGCGCCGGACGAGGCCGAGGUGCAGGAGCUGUGCCGGGAGCUGGAGCGGUACCUGGGCUGGGCCCUGGAGCUCUGCGGCGGCCGCGUGGUGCUGGACACCCUCUUCGCCUCCGACCGCCGCCGCGACGACGAGUACUUCGAGAGCCUCCACGAGUUCCGCGGGAAGGCCCUGCGCGGCCACCUGACCCGGGCCAAGGAGGCCUUGCGGCGGGUUCUUCAGCAGCAUAAAAAUGCUGACACAAUGGUGGCUUUGAUGAAGGUUUAUGAAGAGGAAGACGAAGCUUAUCAGGAUUUGGUCACCAUGGCAACACAGUUCUACCAGUAUUUACUGCAGCCCUUCAGAGAUAUGCGAGAGCUGGCGACACUCUACAAACUGGAAAUCCUGAAAUCUUUGCAGUAUGAUAAUUUGGGGCCUAAAAGAGUAGCAGCUCUGCAGAAAGAUGCUGAGGAGUGGACUAGGCGAGCUGAGAGUGCUGUAUGCUCCAUUCAGGAUAUCACUGUGAACUACUUCAAGGAAACUGCAAAGGCUCUGGCAGCAAUGCACAAACAGAUGGAACAAGAUCAGGAAAGAUUUGGUAAAACCUCCUGGGCAUCAGCUUUGCCACGACUAGAAAACCUGAAAUGUAUGUUAGCUAAAGAAACCCUUCAGCAUCUGCGAGCAAGAGAGUUGUGCCUGAAGCAGAAGAGAGCUGGCAUUCAGAAAAAUAUGGAAAACCUCAGUGAACAGGAAGAGAACCUAACUGUAGUGGAGGAGCUGGAAAUACACUAUUAUGAAACCCAAUUGGAAUUAUAUAAUGUACAGCUUGAAGUAUUGAAACAUGAAGAGAUGCUGCUUAUCGCACAGUUGGACACUUUAAGGAGACAUAUUAAAGAGAAACAGGAUGAAGUUGUUUACUAUGAUACAUGUGAAAAUCCUGAGGAGCUCAAGGUCAUUGAACAGACAAUGGGACAACAUUACGCUAACUUGUCAGAAAUGACGAUGCUGAGGCAGAAGACUAAGCAGUUGGAGACAAAGCGUGGGACUGUCUGUGCGAGGAGAGCCUACCUCAGGAACAAAAAAGAUCAAUGUGAAGUGAGCCAUCGGCAGAGACUGCAACAGGCAGAAGAGAGCAAAAAACGCUUCCUGCAGCAUCACAGUAUACAGAUUAAGAGAGACAAGCAAAAAGAGGAGGAGAAAAAGAAAAAAGCUUGGAUAAGCCAGGAACGUCAGAAAACACUGGAGAGGCUGAAAACAUUCAGGGAGAAGUGUCCAGGUCAUGUUGUUCUAAAAACAUCUCGUCCCCAGCCUCUCAGUCCCAAGUUGCCACGAAGCAUCACUCAGCAGGUUGCAGUACUGUCCCAUCCACCUUCGUCGAGAACAAGGGCAGCUCCAGAGCAGCCAAAGAGCAUACUGCUAGUAGAAGCCAAAGAAUCAGAAGCUUCUCAUCAGAAUACCCCAGCAGAUAUCCCUGUCCAGAUAUUUGUUAAUGAUGGUGACACAGAGCAACAAAAGCACAGCAAGGGAUUGGUCUCUCCAUCCUUACCGCCACCACCACCUCCUCCACCACCUCCUCCUCCACCCCCUCCUCCCCCACCUCCCCCCUUACCUCUCCAGUUAAAGACACCAUUUGCAGCAGAGGAUAAGCCACUUCCCCUUCGCUCCGAUGGCCCCACAGAGCGCCCUGCACUGCACAAACAGGAUGACUCAUCCAGGAGAUCUAUAAAUAAUUACGUAGGUUCCAUGGAUGAGGUGUUGGCUUCACUUAAACGUGGUGAAGUUCAUCUUCGCAAAGUGGAACCACCAGAUCCGUACGCCUCUGUAAAAGACAACAUCCUCUCUGCCAUAAGGCAAGGAGUUAAACUGAGGAAAGUGAAUCGAGAUACAGAGAAGGAUGUCAGUAAUGGAUCCACUAAUGAGCUAGAGAGAAGCAUUAAGGCAGCCAUCCAGAGAAUUAAAAAAGUGUCUGCUGAUUCUGAAGAAGAGGAGAACAAUGAUCAGGGUAAUGGAGAAUGGGACAGCUAACGAAUUCAGAGUAACAGACUUACUGACUGGAAUAGAGUGUGUGUCUCACUUUGCACGUUGUAGAAGACUGUUCCUUUCAAAAUGAAAGAACAGCCUGAUUGUGUGUUUUCUCAUAUACAAAAAUGCCUUGGAAAAGAAUCCUGUUGGUUUUCUAUAGGAACUUCAGAUUCUUAUUUUUGCAUGAAAAAUCAUACUCCAGUACUCUUAUGCUUGCAUUAAUAGGUAUUUCUGGCUCAACCAUGUAGAGUUUUCACCACAUCUGAAGACAGCUAAAAUGCUGGAUUGUGACACAUCAUUUAGGUUGUUACUAACACAGUAAGUAAUGCUAUCACAACAAAGUUUAAGGAGCAAAAAGCUAACUGAAAAUUUAUUUUGUUAAAUGGAAGUUGAACCAAAUCCAUGGUGAUAGAGGCAGAAUGGAAAACUUAAUCUGGAACCUCUCAUUCCUACCUCGGUUGUCCAGAAAAUUCUUUAGCAUUUUGCUUUUGUAAUACAGCUACUCUCAAAUAGCUACAUGGAUACUUCAUUUAUUGUUACGUUGUAAAGUGUGCAGUUGUGAAUAGGCUUGGUAAUGCUGAUUGGAAAAAUUGCUCCAAGUUUGAAAUGAACACUACUGUAGUAACUACUGAAAAGUUUACUUUUUAGCAGGAGGCCUAAAAUAGGGGAUUUUUAGAUGCUAAAUGUUUUUCAUACGUCUACAGUUACAAUGAACUGUUGGCAUGAAAGAGCCAGCCAAAAUAUUGUGUAUAUUUUCUGGGCUCUAGCCCUGUAAUGCAGAGCUGCAUUUCUCCACUGAGAACAUCAAUAUGUGUUUAUAGCUACUUUCAUGAAUUUAAAUUACCUGAUAGCCUUAUAAAUGGCAGAUGUUUGUAUUGUGCCUGGAACCCGUCUAUUUAAAAAUUCAGCCACAUUCAAUUUAGAAACUGUUUCUAUUUUGGGUAGGUAGUGACAAAAACGAUUCAAAGUUUCUUUUGGAACUUAUACUGACCUUUAAUAAAAUAUAUCCUGACAGAA